GCUAAGCUAUAAUUAUUAGAAUACGAGUUUGACAAUUAAGAUUCAAAAAUAAAAACGGUGGGGGCGGUUGUUGAAUGCUGAUCGUACAGACCUCAGGUGCAAAAUCGAGGGUUUGUUCCCUCUCUUCCGAUUGCUCCGCGUAUUGUUCGCUCGAUCUGUGAUUUCCCGUUUGGCGUUUAGUGCUCGAAGUCGGUGGUUUUGGGUCUGAGGAGGGGCUGGUUUCGAAGAAUCUUGGUCGAAUUGAGUGAGAUCAGAGAGGAUUAGGAACCGCUUGAUGGCUUCCACUCCUCCAUUCCAGGUGGAGGAUCAAACGGAUGAGGAUUUCUUUGACAAAUUAGUUGAUGACGAUGACGAGUUUAAGGCCUCGGCGUCGUCAUCCGGGCAUAAUUUUGCCGACGGGAAUGAUUCAGAUGAAGUCAAGGCAUUUGCAAAUUUGAGUACAGGUGAGGCUGACGGCAGGUCUGAAGGUGUAGGCGGGGAAGGGCAGAAUGAAACUAAUAAGGGCGAAGGCACUCUCCAUAAAGUUAAUCCCGUGUCGGUGGAUGGGCAUACGGAUGAGAGUAGUUCAGUGGUAUCAUCCAAUUCAUGUCCGGUGGAUGGCCAUUUUGAAGAGAGUAAUUCACUAGUUUCAUCCAAUUCUUUUGCAUUUGAUAAUGUCAUCGAACCCAAUGGCAUGGCAACAGAGACAAAGGAUACUCCAGAUCCAACGAUUGACAAAGUUAAUGAAUCUGUAGGCUCAGGUGUUAAGGAGGUGCAAUGGACCGCAUUUAACACUGAUUCAGGACAUAAUGAUAGCAAUGGGUUUGGAUCGUACUCUGAUUUUUUCAGCGAGUUAGGAGAUGGUGCUAUUCAUCAAACUGGGAAGGUUGAUGAUAGCAUCAGUAUGCAACCGAAGAUUGGAUCUGACAGUGCAGAACUUACUACUGCAAAUGUUGACAACAAACAUAACUAUAUGGAAUAUCAAGAGAAUCAAUCUUUUGCUGCCACUAUGGGACAAAAUGAUGGUCAGGAUCUAAAUAAUACUCUAUACUGGGAGAAUCUGUAUCCAGGGUGGAAGUAUGACACAAGUACUGGUCAAUGGUACCAAAUUGAUGGUUUUGGGACUGCAGGGAAUGUGCAGGGGACCUUCAACUCCACUACGGCUGGUGAUUCAGCUGUUUCUGAUGGGAACUCACAGGUUUCUUACUUGCAGCAAACUGCUCAGUCUUCUGAGGGUACUAUAUCUGAGAGUGGCACCAUGGGAAGCGUCACGAACUUGAAUCAGUUGUCACAUGAGAGUCGUGUGACUGGCAGCAGUACUUACUGGAACCAGGUGCCACAAUGUAGCAGUGUUACUGAAGGUGUUUCUAGUUGGAGUCAGGUUUCACAGCAGAAUGAGUACCCAGCACACAUGGUUUUUGACCCACAAUACCCAGGUUGGUAUUAUGAUACAAUUUCCCAAGAAUGGCGAUCAUUAGAUACCUAUACCUCACUUGCUCAAUCAGCAAUUGAAGCACAUAAUCAACUAAGUCAAAAUAGUUUUGCAUCAAUGGGUGCAUGUUCCCAGAGUGACGAUAAAAAAUCUUUCAAUGACUACGGACUAGUGGAGCAUUACGGGUCUCAUGAUUUUGGUGCCCAAAGCCCAGAUUACAACUGGGCUGGCUCUGUCAGUAAUUACAAUCAGCAACCCCUGAAUAUGUUGCAAGCUGAGAGUGUCGCCAAGAAUGAGGCUCCCACAGAUUUUAGUGGAAACCAGCAGUUGGAGACUGAUCAUGGUUCAAAUUUUUCCACUAGCACCCUUGUCAAUCAACAAAAGUCUUAUGUUUCCAGGGGAAUAGCUCCAGCUUAUGAGACAGCAACUCAGCCUCAUAAUGAAUUUGCAUCUGAUUCACAUGGUUUUGUUUCUAGUGCAAACUUCACCCAGCACAUUGGUCAGGCAAUUAUGCAGCAGAAUGAGCAAAUGCAUGUCUCCAGCAAUUAUUAUGGCAAUCAAAAUUCAGCAAAUUUUUCACAGCAACAGUUUCAAAGCAGCCCUAAACUUACAUCCACCGCAGGAAGGUCGUCUGCAGGCCGCCCUCCACAUGCUCUGGUUACAUUUGGGUUUGGCGGAAAACUCAUUGUGGUGAAAGAUCAUAGUUCUCUAAGUACCUCAUCCUAUGGGAGCCAGGGUCAUGUAGGAGGCUCAAUCUCUGUUCUUAAUUUGAUGGAACUUGUCACUCAGAAAUUUGAAGCAUCAAGCACUGGUGUGGGCAAUUGUGAUUAUUUUGACACACUGUGUAGGCAAUCUUUUCCUGGUCCCUUGGUUGGAGGGAAUGUUGGGAGUAAAGAGUUGAACAAGUGGAUUGAUGAAAGGAUUGUGAAUUGUGAAUUUCCUGCUGUUGACUACAGGAAAGGUGAAGUUUUAAGGUUGCUUCUCUCAUUGCUUAAGAUAGCUUGUCAGUAUUAUGGAAAACUUCGAUCUCCGAUUGGCACUGACACUGCAUUAAAGGAAAGUGAUGUUCCAGAGUCAGCAGUUGCUAAACUUUUUGCAUCUGUAAAGAGGGAUAGUGCACAGUUCAGUGACUAUGGUGCUCUGGCCCACUGCUUGCAGAAGUUGCCAUCUGAGGGACAAAUGCAGGCAACUGCUGCUGAGGUACAAAGUCUUUUGGUUUCUGGUAGAAAGAAGGAGGCUUUACAUAGAGCAAGCGAAGGCCAGCUGUGGGGACCUGCACUUGUACUAGCUGCUCAACUUGGUGACCAGUUUUAUGUUGAUACUACAAAGAAAAUGGCACUUCACCAACUAGUAGCAGGCUCACCAUUACGAACAUUAUGCCUGCUGAUUGCAGGUCAACCAGCAGAGGUGUUUUCUAGUGAGGCAUCUGAUAGCAGCUUCCCUGGUGCUCUGAAUAUGUCUGCACAGCCUGCACAGGAUGGCUCAAACUUUAUGUUAGCCGAUUGGGAAGAGAAUUUGGCAGUAAUAACUGCUAAUAGAACAAAAGAUGAUGAACUCGUGCUUAUUCAUCUUGGAGAUUGCUUGUGGAAAGAUAGAAGUGAAAUUGUUGCUGCACACAUUUGCUACUUAGUUGCAGAGGCAAACUUUGAGCCAUAUUCAGACACUGCAAGAUUGUGUCUAAUUGGCGCAGAUCACUGGAAAUUCCCCCGAACAUAUGUGACUCCAGAGGCUAUUCAGAGGACAGAGUUAUUUGAAUAUUCUAAGGUGCUUGGGAAUCCUCAGUUUACCCUGCUACCAUUUCAGCCGUAUAAGCUUAUAUAUGCACACAUGCUUGCAGAAGUGGGAAAAGUGACAGAAUCGCUCAAGUACUGUCAAGCAGUAUUUAAAUCUCUGAAAAAUGGCCGCACACCUGAAGUGGAUACAUUGAGACAAUUAGUGUCAUCUCUUGAGGAAAGAAUACGAACUCAUCAACAGGGCGGAUACUCAACAAACUUGGCUCCAGGAAAACUAGUGGGCAAAUUGCUUAACCUUUUUGACAGUACUGCUCAUCGUGUUGUUGGAGGCCUACCCCCACCUGUACCAUCAGCAUCACAGGGAAGCGUACAGGCUAAUGCACUUCAUCAUGAACCCAUGGGGCCUAGGGUAUCAGCUAGCCAAUCAACCAUGGCAAUGUCAUCACUAAUGCCUUCAGCAUCAGUAGAGCCCAUAAGUGAAUUGAGGGUUGAUGGCAAUAGAAUGACAAUUCAUAACAGAAGCAUUUCGGAGCCAGAUAUUGGAAGAACUCCACGACAGAUGCAGGAUCAGGUAGAUUCAUCAAAAGAAGCAACCUCAUCCAAUGCACAGGGCAAAGCUUCAGCCUCAGCUGGGGCAUCCCGAUUUGGUCGAUUCAAUUUUGGGUCACAGCUUUUGCAGAAGACUAUGGGUUUAGUCUCAAAGCCCUGGCAGGAUCGACAGGCAAAGUUGGGUGAAAAAAAUAAAUUCUAUUAUGAUGAAAAACUCAAGAGAUGGGUAGAGGAAGGGGCUGAACCUCCUGCUGAAGAAGCUGCCUUGCCACCUCCACCCACAUCUGCGGCACUCCAAAAUGGAACAUCAGACUACAACUUGAGAGGUGCAUUGAAAAGUGAAAAUUCUCCUAGUAGUGGAAGCCCAGAAUUUACAAGCCCUAGUCCUCCAGAACAAAGUUCAGGAAUUCCACCUAUUCCACCUGUGCAAAACCAAUUUUCUGCUCGUGGAAGGGCAGGUGUCCGUUCUAGGUAUGUUGACACCUUUAACAAAGGUGGUGGUAAUCCAACAAAUUUGUUCCAGUCAUCUUUGGUUCCACCCGUUAAACCCGCUGCUAGUGGUGCCAAUCCAAAAUUUUUUGUUCCCACGCCGGUAUCCUCAAGUCAACAGAGUUCUGAUUCUAUGGCAUCUAGUACGCCAGAACCUGCAGCCUUUAAUCAAAAUUUGUCCAAUCUGAGUAACUCAAGUGAUUCUCCUGCAUCUUUGUCGUCAAUGUCUACGUUGUCAAGGUAUCCAAGCAUGGACAACAUCUCGAACAAGGAGACAAAGGCCAACCCAAGUGCCCCUCUUCCAGCUCAUUCACGGCGGACAGCCUCAUGGAGUGGAAGCUUUAACGUCGAUAAUAUUUCCCCACAGCAGACUGAAGCAAAACCUCUUGGGGAAGUAAUGGGUAUUCCCCCAUCGUUAUUUGUGCCCAGUGAACCGUCUUUCCCACCCUUGGCAAACAGUGGCGGCGGUUCUGGCUCUGGGGAGGACCUUCAUGAAGUAGAACUUUGAGACGAGGAAGAAUAUGGAAAUCCAGGGUAAUCUCUCCCACCCAAUGCAAAAUGGUGGUGGUAGCAGCAGAUUGAAGUAGCAGAAGUUUUUGAUUUUCCUUCUAGCCCCCAGGGGUUUCCCCAGGUUGUAUGUGCCCUGUCUUUUCUAAUGUUUACUGUACUUGUGGUAGGUAGGGAUAGGGUUUUUUCUUUCUUUUUAUUCUACAGGGAGGAGUGGAGUUGAAUUGACACCAUCUGAUGCUUUAAGGAGCUGAGCUGGGUGUUUAACAGAAUAAAAGCAACAGCAACGGCAAAAGCACAAGCGCAAGCGCAAGCGCGCUAUAUAUUUUACAGUUCAUUUUUUCAUUUUAUUCGGGAGGUAAGGUAAAGCAGUCCCUUGGUAAAAAUGUAGAAGAAAUACAUUGUUGAACAUCCAUGAUCCGAUCAAUCCAUCCCAAAAUGAUGGAAUUAAUCUUAUAUAUAGUGCUGUUAACAUGGAAAUUGAAGAUAUUA